AUGACCAACCCACGCAUCCUCCUCCUCGGCGGCCACGGCAAAGUCUCCCUACUGAUGACACCCAAACUUGUCUCUCGAUCCUGGGACGUCAUAUCCGUCAUUCGUAACCCAGAGCAGAAGAACACUAUCUUGGAAGCAGGCAAGAACGGACCAGGCAAGAUUGAGGUGUUGGUGGAGAGCUUGGAGGAUGUCAAGAGCGAGGGAGAUGCGAAGAAGAUACUUGAGAAAGCGAAGCCAGAUUGGGUUAUUUGGAGUGCUGGCGCCGGAGGUAAAGGAGGCUCGACACGAACCUACGCCAUUGACCGCGAUGCCUGCACAUUCUUCAUCCGCUCCUCCCUCUCCACCCCAUCUAUCACCAAGUUCUUGCUUGUCUCUGCGCUCUCCAGCCGGCGAACCCGCGCCGCAUGGUGGGAUGAAAAAUCCUGGUCUACAGUCCGCAAAGUCAACGAGGAGAUGAUGCCCGAUUACUACAAGGCAAAGCUCGCUGCUGAUGAAGCGUUGACUGUGCUUGCGGAGGAGAAGAAGGACUUUGGGUAUAUUGUGCUAAGACCGGGGAACUUGAGUGAUGAGCCGGAGAGUGGGAAGGUUGUGCUGGGGAAGACACCUGCGAGGGGACAGGUUACGAGAGCGGAUGUUGCGGAAGUGGCGGCGAGGUUGUUGGAGAAGAAUAGUGCGAGAGGUUGGUUUGAUUUGCUUGGUGGUGAGGCGGAUUUGGCAAGUGAGGUGGAGAGGGUUGUGAAGGAGGGUGUGGAUAGUAGGGAGGGAGAGAGCUUGGAUAUUAUGAAGAAGGAUCUCAAGCUGUGA